UCGACGAUGGCGGAGAGAUAAAAGAGGAGAUUAGGUAAGAAUGUGUGAGUACCAUUAUGGACUUUAAGCAGCUUUUGCAACUAGCUGGAGAUAACAGUGCCUUUGCAAAGAAAAAGUUAGAUCGCCUUGAUCAAACUAAAAGGGAUUCUUUCAAUGUGUCAUCAGCUUCUGUUGCAAAGUAUCUGGAAAAACAAAAGAAACUUCGUGAACAGCAAAAAGCUGAAGAAGAAGAAGCGAGACGAAGGAGAAUUAAAGCUAGGUUAGAAUCUAAUCUUGGUAAGAAAAAGGAAACAAAACAGACAACUCGAGAAGCAGUUGAUAAACAUAAAGAAAAAGAUGAAGUAAAAUUUAAAGUUCAUGAGAGUCAUAAAGUUAAAGACAAAAAAAGUCACUAUAAGGAAGAACGUGAGCAUACCAAAAGAAGUUCUAGCCACAAGCACGACUCUAAGAGUGAUAAAAUAAAAAGUGAGGACGGGAGAAAUAAACAUGACAGUGAUCAUAGAAAAGAAAAAAACAGGACUAUGAAAGCUAAUCUUAAUAAUAAAAAACCUUUAAAUACUCCUUCCACUAGUAGUGGUUUAAGUUUCGCUGACCUUAUGAAAGUUGCAAAAGAUAAUGCCGCUGGGAUAAAGAGAGCCAAAAGAUGUGCAAAUACAUUAAAGAGACCUGCACCUACUCAGCAUAAAGAAGAAAUGUUUGACCCAGAUCGUAAUAUAAAAACCAAGGUUAGAAAAAAAGAUGCACCUGUAGUAAAUAAUCAUGCUAAGCAUUCUUCUAAACACGGAACUUCUUCUCCUCAUUACAAACUAAAACAUCAAGAUCGUAGGGAUGUAAACAAACAAAAACCAAAAGUAAAAGAUAGAAAUCAUGUCCAAGAGACACGACUUGUUCAGAAAAAGGAAAAGCCCUCAAUUCAACCAGUAAGACGUGGUGUUAUUACACAAACAAUAUCCAGCACUAAAACUAUGCUACCCCACAGAAAAAUUACUAAGACUUUCAAGCAAGUCAAAUUCGGAUGUGGUAUUGCAGCACAAAACAGCAAUAGAAGAGAUAAGCGUUCUGCUAAUGACAUAGAAGAUGAAUUUUCUAGAGAAGCGCGUUUGCUGGAAAAGAAGAGACGUUUGUUCGAAUUGAGAAGGAUUCAUGGUAAUAGUCAGUUGGAGGAGGAAGAUUUGUAUGGUGAUUAUGACCUUGAUGAAGAUGAUGAAGAUGACUCAGAUUUUAUUGAUGACAGUGAAUAUGCUGGUGACGUUUCUAAACAUAUCAGAUCGAUAUUUAACUAUGACAGAAGAAGGUACUCAGACUCUGACGACGAUGAUCUUGCUAAAAUGGAAUCGAGUUAUUCCCAAAUCGAAAAAGAAGAAGCUAGAAGCUUGCGUAUUGCAAAAAUAGAAGAUGCUUACGAAAAGAUGAAAGAAGAAGAAGAACUGUCUCGCAAGAAAAUGAGAAAGAAGCCGGCACAAAAAAGAUGAAUGUUAUUUUCUCAGGUGGUUUUGACGGAAUGUUUUGACACGUAGAAUAAUGUUGGGGUGGAAACCCCCUCAGAAAAUACCAAAUUUUCAUAAACAUAUUUCGAUUAGUACUGGAAACAAAAUUCAUCCGAGAAUACAAUUGCAUUAAGUAUUGUUGGUCACAGAAACCACGCUUGUCCAAUUGUAACAAGUCGUUCUAUCCAAAGUAAAAUCUUUAAAAAUUUCAUUUGCUUUUUUCUCAGAAUUGCACUCGAAAACUUCACUUCAGUUCGAUAUGACAUUUUUAUGGACUGUUUGAGUAAUGGAAUACUUAGAUAUAACCUUAUAAAUAGUGAUAACUCAUAGUUAGAAAUUGUACAUUUAAAAUCUGCGAUACUUAAAACUUAUUUCUGACGAAAGUAUGCUACUUGA